UAUCACUUGUGUAGGAUGACGGCACCUAAAAUCCCAGAGGGGGAGAAAGUAGACUUUGAUGACAUCCAAAAGAAGAGGCAGAACAAAGACUUAAUUGAGCUUCAAGCCUUGAUUGAUAGUCACUUUGAAGCACGGAAGAAAGAAGAGGAGGAGCUGAUGAGCCUCAAAGAGAGAAUCGAGAAGCGUAGAACUGAAAGGGCUGAUCAGCAAAGAAUCCGCGCUGAGAAGGAAAAAGAGCGUCAGGCCAGGGUUGCUGAGGAGAAGGCAAGAAGGGAGGAAGAAGAUGCCAAGAGAAGGAUUGAAGAUGACAUGAAGAAGAAGAAGGCUCUUUCCUCCAUGGGUGCUACCUACAGCAGCUAUUUGGCUAAAGCUGAUCAGAAGAGAGGAAAGAAACAAACUGCUAGGGAAAUGAAGAAGAAAGUGCUGGCAGAUAGGCGCAAACCCCUAAACAUCGACCACCUUAAUGAAGACAAACUGAGGGAAAAGGCCAAGGAACUGUGGGAUUGGUUAUAUAGCCUGGAAACUGAGAAGUAUGAAUUUUUAGAGAAGAUGAAGCGACAAAAAUAUGAUAUUACCACCCUCAGGAACCGGAUCGAUCAGGCCCAGAAACACAGCAAGAAGGCUGGCGCCAAGGGCAAAGUUGGAGGGCGCUGGAAAUAGAGAUCCAAAAGACAUCUGUCUGCAGGCAGAAUCAUCAGCGGCGGCAUGGCUAAGCAUUGCUGGCCUCCUUUUCCUUCUUUAAACAUGAAUUCCGUUCCCUUGCCUGAGCAAAACCAUAGUUGCAACAUCAGCCUGGAUGCUUACUGCUUAUUUUCAAGAGCUCCCACCUCUUCCGGAAUCGAAAGGGAGCCAGCUGACCUGGAAUGGAGAUGACUCCUUGCUGAUACCUCUGACUAUCUGCUGUGUGUGUCCUUCAUUUUCCUGAUACCAGCCCUACGCUGCCCUGUAGAUUGCAGUGUAUGAGUCUCUUGGUUUUGUAAAUAAAGUGUGACCGAUAAUAUAAUUCAGCCAUACA